CAGAAAAGCCCCAUACUCUCUCGCAGCUUCCGUUCACUCCGGCCAAAGCUGCAGAGAAAGGAGGGCAUCGCACCCAGGGGCCCCAUCCCAACCUUCCUACCAGCCCCUGACAACUAGGCAAGCUCCUGCCAAAGAGGCUCAUACAGAAUAUUCUACGGGCAAGAAGUUACCACCUCAGCUCUGCUCCGGUGGGAGCCAGUAGGUCAUGCCUGUUAAACACUCAUCUCAAUGCGUUUUCUCCAAGUGAGUUUUGCAGUAAAAGAGCUGUGGCUGUGAACAGUGGGACGGGAGAGGGAGAGCCCCUGCCCUUGCUUCUGCUGCUGCUGCUGGCUCAGGGACAGGAGAGGAGACAAGCAGAACUGCUGCUCCUUCUACCAGGAAAGAGUCUGCACUAAGGUAGCGGACAAGAUUUACCUGCGAGGACCAGAAACAUGCACUGUGCCAUCCAGAAGGCAGAGGUGCUGGACGGGGCUCACCUGAUGCAAGUCCUCUGGGACGAUGGCGGGGAGUCUCUCUACCCCGCCGUGUGGCUGAGAGACAACUGCCAGUGCCCCCACUGCUACCUGGACUCUGCGAAAGCGCGCAAGCUUCUCGUGGAAGCUCUGGAUGUGAAUAUUGGUAUCAAAGCCUUGAAGUUUGACAGAAAAAAGGUGCAUAUCACGUGGCCAAAUGAGCAUUACAGUGAAUUUGAAGCUGAUUGGCUGAAGAAAAGAUGCUUUUCCCGGCAAGCCAGAGAAAAUCUCCAAAGAGAAUUGUUUUUGCCAGAAUGUCAGCACUGGGGCUCGGAGCUCCAGCUCCCGACGCUGGAUUUUGAAGACGUUUUAAGAAAUGAUGAGCAUGCAUACAACUGGCUCUCGAGCCUCAAGAAAGUCGGCAUAGUGCGACUCACGGGAGCAGCUGACAAGCGAGGAGAAAUUCUAAAACUUGGGAAAAGAAUUGGUUUCCUUUAUCUCACAUUUUAUGGACAUACUUGGCAAGUGCAAGACAAAAUUGACGCAAACAAUGUGGCCUACACAACGGGGAAGCUAAGCUUUCACACUGAUUAUCCAGCCCUCCAUCAUCCACCUGGGGUUCAGCUUCUGCACUGCAUAAAACAGACAGCCACGGGGGGGGAAUCAGAAAUCGUAGAUGGAUUCAACGUGUGCCGGAAGCUCAAGGAACAGAAUCCCCGUGCGUUCCAGAUUUUGUCCUCCACCUUUGUAGACUUUACUGACAUUGGAGUGGAUUACUGUGAUUUCUCUGUACAGUCCAAACACAAAAUUAUAGAAUUAGAUGAUAAAGGUCAAGUGGUUCGCAUCAACUUCAAUAAUGCAACUAGAGACACGCUAUUCGACGUACCUGUUGAAAGAGUUCAGCCUUUCUAUGCUGCUCUGAAGGAGUUUGUUGACCUCAUGAACUGUAAGGAAUUCAAGUUUACUUUCAAGAUGAAUCCAGGUGAUGUUAUUACUUUUGAUAACUGGCGCUUACUUCACGGCCGAAGGAGCUACGAAGCUGGAACUGAGAUAUCCCGCCACCUAGAAGGAGCUUAUGCCGACUGGGAUGUGGUAAUGUCAAGGCUUCGCAUCUUAAGGCAGAGCGUCCAGAACAGAAACUGAAUCCCCGUCUGUAAUUUCAGUAAGACUCCAGCAGGUGUAUUCCAUAAGAUAUGGCAAUGUUAUUUGUCUUCACAGACCAUGAUCUGUUCAUUCACAUAUUAAUUUCUUUACCAUUGAACAUGUCACCUUUCUCACGAGAGUUUUCUUUUCUUCAUAAUCAUAUGCAAUGCCAACUGGUCAGAUGCUGUAGCGUGCUCUCUCCUUUCUCGAUGAAACAUCCCUUCUGUUCUGUUGCACGUCUGGUCUGAUUUUUUUUUUGCCCGUUUAAGAGUCUUCAGAAUGCCUGAGAAUAGUUGUGUAUCAAUAAAAUCAUUCUUCAAAUACAGCCUUUUUUAAAAUAAAGCUUUUGUUUCAAAUAAA